CCACGUUUAUAUAGCCUGCAUGAAACAACACGAUAAGAACGCACGGGUCGAAGUAUCUAAGAUGCACUUUUAGUAGUCCAUCUUCGGAACAUUGUAGUUUCACCACGGCAGACCAAAUAAACCCUAAUACCCCAGUGCAGUGAUAGGGACACUGUGUAGGAGAUGCCUUCUUUCUAGUGAGACGAUAAACUGAGGUCCUUACUCAAUAUGGUCAUUAUAAGUCCCAUGACAGUCAUCACAAAGAGUAGGGCGUUCCAUGGUGUCCUGACUAAAUUUCUGACAUGGCUCUUUCAACCUGCCACAUAAUCAUCCCCCAGUUGAGUCAGAUAAAUAUAGUUCUCUCCCUGUCCCUCACCGUUGAGGUGUGGACAGCGUUCUGGCACAAACUGGCUUCUGUGCAUCACCCACACAUUGGUGGUGAUUGUGGCGAGUUUCUCCCUCCUCACUUAUCACUGUAUAACACUGAAUGUGACAUAAGUGCUAUAUGACUGCAAGGUAUUAUUAUUAUUAUUAGUAGUAGUAGUAGUAGUAUUUAGAAAAUGCUAACUGCUGGGAUACGUUUGCUCAACAGCACUGAUAUUGCAAUGAUGUGAUGACAUACCACUUCAGUCCUGUCGGUAGCAUGCUGUGUUUUUGUGUUUACAAAAGAGGUUACAUUUAAAAGUGAUUAUGAUUAAGAAAUUUUCCCACUUUUUACUGACUUUGUUCAGACCGUGUGCCAAUAGCUACAAAAAUGUUGUGAGUGUGGAUCAGAUUUUUUAAGUUUUAUUGAGUACAUACUGCAGGAAACGAAACGCGAGUGGUUGCGUUUAACUGCGGAGUGCAGUGCUUUCGGGUUAACCGAAUGAAAAUACAGCAAUGAUUUUUAUGAAAGAAGUAUUCACUUUUAACAUAUAGGGUUUUGGACGAUGGUCUUCGUGUUUUAGCGUGUAAAAUAAUUUUAGAGGUUAUUAAUGGGCAAGAUAUGCGCGAGGAGAAAGCACAACUGUAAAUCUGGGAAACCCGAGAGAAGCUGUGUAAAACAGAUUGAGUCUAAAUGGUCCCCACCUGUCAUUUAAACGCAACCGCGAAUCUCAAUGACGCUUGAUCAUAAUUUGACAAGUUGUUGAAAGCAAGAAUUAAACAAGCUAGAUAUGCCGGACCGCAGUCGGUCCCCGUCCCCGGCCAAGUCACCGAAGAACUCGCCCAAGAAGUCACCCAAGAAGUCCCCGAAGAAAAAAAGGGCCGCUAAACCUAAGAAAGCCGGUCCCAACGCUAGAGACCUGAUUGUCAAGGCCGUAACCGCCUCCAAGGAGAGAAAAGGAGUGUCUCUGACUGCCUUGAAGAAAGCGCUAAAGGCAGCCGGAUACGAUGCGGAGAAAAACAAAUUCCAAGUGAAGCUGGCCGUCAAGGCUCUGGUCGCAAAUGGUACCCUGAUUCACACCAAGGGCACUGGCGCAUCUGGCUCCUUCAAGCUAUGUAAAACUCAAACCAAGAAGCCGAAGAAAAGGGCGGCCUCUAAAGCCAAGAAGUCAGCCGGUAAAAAGAAAACGGCUAAAGCAAAGAAGCCCAAGAAGGCAGUAAAGAAGCGUGCCAAGAAGACAGCGAAGAAACCGGCCGCCAAGAAGGCGACCAAGAAAGCUAAGAAACCGAAGGCGACCAAGAAGAGUCCCAAGAGAACAAAAUCGACCAGGCCUAGGGCCGCCAAACCUAAGACCGUCAGGGCUAAGAAAGCGGCUGCCAAGAAGUGAACAUCCAAACGUUCCGUACUGAUCAAAGGCUCUUUUAAGAGCCACCCACAGACACUUGAAAAUGCGCAAAUCUUUCCUACGUUUUUUUAAUUUUUUAUGUGGCUUCCACUUUAGCUGUAGAGUUGUUUUCAGGCCAAAGCAUUAGCUGCCAAUUUUCCGUUGUCGUGCCCAGCUUCAGAUGGUGGUGUAGCUCAUUACAAUACUUAAUUUCCACCCAAGGGUAGGCUGUCCAGUUAGUUUGUAUUGAGUUCAUAGUAACGCAGUAAGACGUAUAUUUAGUCAAAUUAAACUCACAUCCUGAACUUACAGAGCAAAUACAUCGAAAUAAAGUUAUGUAAAAACUUUCCCGAAAGCACAUUUUAAAUAAUUACAGAAUACGUUGACAAUGUGCCUUGUAUAAUAUUUGAUUUCUUUCAUUUUUGAUUCGUCCUGUCUCAUUCAUGCUUAUGCAUUUUUACCGCCACUGUUCCUUGACAAUAAAACGACUGCAAAGAACAGACCUGCCAUUAUUUUGGAUGAUGAAUUCAUGCUCAAAUUAAAAAUCGAUUUGACUUUGAAUUUUAAAUGUAUGAAAAUAGUUAAACGAUCUUUUCUUACAUUUCUUUUUUUACCUGUAUUAUAACAGCUUCACGGCCAAAAAGAGGUCGUUGUACGUCUCUGUGCACAUAAAUAAAUCCUACCAUGCAACACCAUAGUGACACAAAAUGUGAAGAUCUCUUUAGAAUACAACCAUAGUUUUCCCUAAAAUGUGGCAAGCCGUUUUGGGAGGGUUUAUGCCAUUUUUGUGCUGCUUUAGAACAAGCUUUUUAUGACAUUUAACUAUAUUCAAGCUACACUAGCAUUAC